AUGAAGUGUGGGCAAACUGACCCCAGUGCUGCUGAAUGUCCUUCAGUGGGUUACAGUCAGUUGGGUGGGAACCAACCAUGUUUGGUAAUAGUUGGUGUCUUUAGUACUCAUCUAGCACUGUUCAGUAUCUCCCCAAAGCUUCCUAAAUACCUCCCUUGGACCCUAGCAUGGAUGCAUGCUUAUCACCAUUCAUCUUUAGUCUUGGUUCAACUUGAUCAAGUAUGUUCUUUCUUUGUGGGUUUUUGUGGCAGUAUCACCAAGGCCUGUGCAUCUAUCCUAUGA